AAAAUCUGACCGUUUGUGUUGACGACUUUAGUUUUUGAUCAGAUUGGGUCUUUACGCGUUGCGACUGUUUCUAUUUUGGGGCCGACAGCUCUGUAAUCUGUAGUUUUAAGAGGACCGACUUAGAUUUUUYACAUUUUUAAGCUUCUCUGAUGCCGCCUGAUGAGAUUUGCUCAUCUGGGUGGCAGCAGCAGCUUUUUAAAUUCAGUUUAUUUAACAGAGAUGGAGCCUAAAAGCAGAGCAAUUUAUUCUCCAGUAAAGGUUUUUUUUUUUUUUUUUGCUGUUGACUGAAUUUUAACUAUUUUCAGAUCAAAUCGUUCAGGAGGACGUUAUGAUCAUUGGUUUUUGUAACUUUUCUAGUUUGGAAAUUCAUCAAUCUCUUCAGCUCCUUCAAAAAACUGGUUCUUAUGAAUUUAUUUCACCAUAUUUGCUCUGGUUUUGUUUAGUUUUUAUAGCUACCUUUAUGCUGCUUUUAACUAAAGUUUAGCAAACCUUUUGAUACUUUUUCAGUGUUUUGCUACUUUUAUCAUCAAAUUCCAAGUUUUUCCUCUUAUUGGUUGAAACAACUUUACGUUAACGCCUGGCGAUGAAUUUGUUGGUAUUUCUGUAAUCUUUUCUGGAUAAAGGUCAGUCUGAAAUGUCCAACAGACAAAUCCUUUUCAGGAUUAGGUUUACUUGCACAUUUGGGGCAGCUUUCUGUCAAUUCUGGGUAGAAGAACCAYACUUCCAGCAGUGAAAGUCUGUCCUGUUUGGCACAAACAGAUUGAUUUCACAUCCAUACAUUUUUGUAAGAGAAACAGGGACUGGGAUCAUGCAUGUCUGCUUCAUGUAUCCAUAUAGUGAAGCAGAUGUAAAUCCAGCUUUUAGGAAAAGGUCCAAAAGCGACCAGGUUUGCUCUGRAGAUAUGGUUAUGUGAUCAUCAGUUUAAGCCCAUAAUCCCUGAUUUAAUCUGGAUUUUUUUCAUGUGUGCGCUCAGAAAUGUUUGCGGUACAUUCAGAUGCACGGCUCCAUGAAGGUUAACCAUGCCUGUCAGCAGGACUGAGCGCACUCUGAUCCCGGGAAGAUGCUCUCCGGUCGCUGCGUGAUGCUCGGCGUGGCUCCCCUGCUGCCCCUCCUGAGCGUCGUGUCGGGUCUGAAGCCGUGCCCCGGCUCCUGCCUGUGCUACGAGUCCUCCGACCUGGUGGACUGCAGGUCUCGUGGGCUGCAGCAGGUCCCCCAGGGGGUCCCCCACGGCAGCUGGCUGCUGGAUCUGAGCGGGAACGAGGUGAGAGAGGUGCGCAGCGGCUCCUUCGUGGGACUGUGGUCCAUCAAGAUCCUCCUCAUGUCCAACAACAGCAUCCGUGCUCUGCAUCCUCAGUGUCUGUCGUCCCUGCAGUUUCUGGAGAGGCUGGACCUGAGCUUUAACCGUCUGCGCUGGCUCCCUCAGGACCUGACCCGGAGUCUGUCCUGCCUCCWGGAGCUCCGGCUGGACCACAACCUGCUGCGGCACGUGGACUCGUCCUCGCUGGCCGACUCGGACAACCUGAGGAAACUGGACCUGAGUCACAACCGGAUCCAGACCGUGGAUGUGCGCGCCUUCGCCAGCCUGUCUCGCCUGCGCCUGCUGGACCUGCGGGGGAACGAGCUGAACGUGCUCUCAGAGGGUCUGCUGAGCCGCCAGCAGAGCCUGGAGGUCCUGCUGCUCGGACAKAACAACAUCUCGGAGAUCCAGGCCCAAGCCCUGGCCCCCCUGCGCAGCCUGACCCUGCUGGACCUGCAGAACAACCAGCUGGAGCACAUCAAGUUCAAGACCUUCCUGAAGCUGCGGACCACCAGCACCCACCUGCAGAUGUCCCUCAACCCCUGGAGGUGCGACUGCGACCUGCAGCGCGUCUUCGGGAAGAUCCAGCGCGUCCGACACCUGCACGUGGAGGACUACGGGGACAUCGUCUGCCACGCCCCCCCUCAGCAGGCCGGGAGCCCCCUGGCCUCCAUGGACAGCCAGCUGUGCAUGGCCGAGACCGCCUCGGUGCUCGUCAUCACCAUCACSGUCAUGCUGGCUGUGGUGGGGGCACUGGUCAAAGCAGAGCGCAACCGGAAGAACAAGCAAGCUGCGAGUGAUGCAGAGGCUCAGGACAAGUGACACAAAKCUGGUUCUGGGUUCGGCCCGGGACCGGAUGCUGCUGGAAAACAGUGAAAGGCCAAUAAAUCUUGAUCUUACAAGAUAAACAGAAUUAUUGUUUGCUACAAAAGACUGAAUCAGAAAACAUCAGCUAAUCUUGAAGAAUGGAAACUUGUGCACCUGAGCAGGGGGCUUGUGGAGUUACGAUAAGGAAGGAUUCAAAGCAAAGCGUUGCACUUUAUACAGAGCCCAACUGAAGGGUUUKAAUGUGAACAAGGAUUUAAAAGCCUAUGUUCACUUUGAAGGUGAACUGGUUUUAGUAAGUCAAAUUUAAGAUUUUUAAGACCUUUUUAAUAAAAACUUGAAUGAAAUUUAAGACAGAAAAUAUGUGACCCGUCAUAUCGAAAUGAGGAUUAAGUCAAAUUUGGUCAAAAUGACCUAAUUACAUUUACAGAUUUUGGUUUUAAAAGCUACAUUUUGA